UUGCAAGCUUUUGCUAUCCCCUGCUUAUCCCUCCGCGAACUCGCCUUCCACCAUGGCGGCGGCAGCGGCGGCGGCGGCGGCGGUGACCCUCCUCCGCCUCCCUCUCGCCCGUCUCAACUACCACCUCCGCUCCGUCCCUCCCCCUCGUAUCCCGCCCCCACGCCUCCGCAUCUCCACCUCCUACCGCUUCCUCUCCUCCCUGGGCCACGGCUCUGCCUCCGCGGCCGUGGCCGAGGCGGUAGCCGCGCCGGACGCGGAGGGGGACCUGGUCGAUGCGGAGGAAGAGAGUCACGAGGAGGAGUCUACGGCCGAGGCGGAGGCGGAGGCGGAGGCGGAGGCGGAGGCGCCCCGGUCCUUCGUGCUGCCGCGGCUGCCGCGGCCGAAGCUGAGCGUGAAGGAGCGCAAGGAGCUGGCCUCGUACGCGCACGGCCUCGGGAAGAAGCUCAAGUCGCAGCAGGUGGGCAAGGGCGGCGUCACACCCAACCUCGUCUCGGCUUUCAGUGACAACCUCGAGUCAAACGAGCUCCUCAAGCUAAAGAUUCACGGGAACUGCCCUGGGGAACUAACCAAUGUGAUACUGCAACUUGAGGAGUCAACAGGAUCUAUUGCUGUCGACCAAAUCGGCCGCUCAGUUAUUCUGUAUAGGCCUAGCACUAGCAAGAUGAAAAAGAGGCAAGAGGUUGCUGAAAAUGCUAGGAGAUUUGCAAGAUCUAAAGAAGAAAAUGCUAGGCGAUUUGCAAAAUCUGAAGAAUCAUUUGAAGAACGUCCUAGAAACAGCACAGGCAGAAGAUUUGUUAAAUCUGGAUCCACAUUUAGCUCUCAACAGAAGAGAAGACCAAUGGCAUCCAAGGGAUCGUCAUAUGGCCGAGGGUAGCAGCACCAUAAAAAGGUAUAUGGCUUGUUUUCGUGCUGUCUGGACUCUGGAGAGACCAUGUAAAUUUUAGACAAACUAACUGGUAUAUGGAUGCUAGUGCUAAUUCUCGUCUUUGCCAGUAAGCUACGGUUCAAGCUUCCAUGUCUCACCAUUGAAAUAGGGACAAGAUACUUUACGCCCAGACUAAAACAUGAGAUAACCUAAUUGAUUUAUAUA